AUUUAUUAAACUACGUCUUCCUAAAAUCCAAAUGCUUUAACUAAUCUGUUUGUCAAAACCAUGUCCUUGUAGGUCACACUCACAAUUCAUAGACAUGUUAUUUUCAAUAAAACCUUUCUAACUCCACCAAUAUAUAUAGACCCACACAUUUCCCUUAGGCUCAUAAAUCAAACUCAAAGCUUCUCUCAUCAUCAUCAACUGUAGCGAUUAAUUCAAAGCUUUUGUUUUUUGUUUCUAAUACUCGAAAUGGCAUUCUUAAGGAGUUUUUUUGCUACCAAGCAAAUCAUUCGCCGGUCUUUUACUACGGAAUCAUCAUCAACGCCCAAAGGGUUCUUCGCUGUGUAUGUUGGAGAAAACCUGAAGAAGAAGAGGUUUCUUGUUCCGGUUUGUUACUUGAACAAGCCAUCUUUCCAAGCUUUGCUUAGGAAAGCAGAAGAAGAGUUCGGUUUUGAUCAUCCAACUGGUGGUUUGAGUUUACCAUGCGACGAAGCUUUCUUCUUCAUUGUCACUUCUCAGAUUUGUUAAGCCCAUACAAUAAUUAAAGAUCUUUUUUUACAUUCUCUUAUUUAUAGAAGAAAAUACACAUUGUAAAUAUUACACUUUUAUAUACAUACUGAUGAGAAGAAUAAUUCAACGAACAUCAUAUCUUUUGCUUUCGUUUUCUAUAUUUACUUUAGUCCAUAACUCCAUAAAUUGGAUUGAAGGCAAUAUUAUCAGCCACAAAAAGCUUAAAUAUUAUAGGUUCUCUACUUCAGUA